ACUGUUUUUAGGUAUGGGGGAGAGCAACUGCUGCUGGAGUCGGAAGCCCCUGCUGCACAGGGAGACCAUGCUGGCGGCGGCGGCCGUGUACAGGGAAAUGUAUGGGAAUGAUGACGGGACAGUUCCUGCCACCUUUCAGAUCUAUUACAUGAUCGGAUGGAAGUUUCAUGAGUCACAGGCGCGACCAGCCCAGAGAGGUUCUGCGACAGUAUCAUUCGGAGACCUUAAAAAGAUUAAUGAGUCUGUUGUGGGAAGGAAAAAACUUUGAGACAUGGUGUCACGGUCUUAGAGGUGCCACACUCUUAACCCAUCACUGCUCUACAAUAGUCAGUUUUGAAAAUAGUGCCACAUGUACAUUUCCUGAUAUGUCGACUCGUGACCUGGAAAUAAUACACAACACUGGACUUUUUCUCUUCCUUUGCUGGUCGUGCUGAUGUCUGUAAAUUGUGUGGAUUUUAUUCUGUAAAGCUUC